GUUUCUUAUAGGUCAUUAAUUAUACCUUUCAUAGGGGAUGCCGAAAGAUAACGUUUUCCAUUCCAUCUUGUCUAUUCUAUUAAUGAUAUAAAGCCUAAUAAUCUACGCUCUGUAAAGAGAAUGAUUCAUCCCAUCUAACCUUUCGCUACAUACUACCACAUCUUGGCAUUCUUAAUCCUUACCUAAAAACAAAACAUAAAGACACCAGCGUCAACAUGAAGAUUUUUAUCAGCGCCCUCACUGCCGCCUUACUCGCUAGUGUUGCCAAAGCGUGCGACACGUACGAUCAGUGCCGUUGCACCAUGGCCGACAACACAUUCAACAACAACGCUACGGAACAGGCAUGCGAUUACUUGAAUAAGAAGGCUGGUGGCAAUGAGACUAAAAUGAUAUAUGGGCCUCGCGGAAGUCACGAUGCCGAAAGAUGGUGCGUCAGAUGGGACGGGGACUACAUUGACAACUGUGAUAUGCGGGAAGCGUGCGCUAUGACCAACGCCACUGGAAAAGACUCUUGGUGCAAGUUGGGGCUGUCAUAAGGCAAUAAGACAGUAAAUCUAAAGUAGGUGGGGGUUGUUGAAAUAAUCCUCAACAAUCAAUAUCAGUAUCAGCAUAUUGAAACAGGGUAGGGCAAUUGGCUCUAUCAUAAUUAUACAAUUGCUAACUAGGAUUGUUAGGCAAAAAGAAACAUAGGUC